AUGGUCGCCUCGAAAAUGCCCCAACCUUCCUCAUCAACCACCGUUCGAUACCCCGCCUGGAUGUCGCAGAGCAACCACUCAAUGGCCCCACGAAUGAUGCUUUCACCAGCGUCCUUCUCUGCCUCAUCCAAUCAUGCUGCAAUCUUUCAGGGUCUCCAUGCCCUGUCAACCAGCGGUGGUGCUGCCCUUGCAGGCGGUCGAAGAUCCUUGCUGGAGAUCCUGGAUGACGCCAUUCAGCUUGAAGAGAACUACAGCCAAGCAAAGAAACGUAAAACGACGGGAGACGCUCUACAGCAGGCGGAAGACUCCUCGUCUAGUACCCAGCAGUGA